UCAUGUAUUAAGUUUAGCCCACUCGUACACGACCAUCAAAUACGCUAAUGAUAAUCUAACCAAAAAUUACUUUAAUUAGAUAUUGUUCAGGUGAUGAAUGAUAUGAUAUGUUUAGAGUGAAUGUGUCAAGGCCGCUUCAAUCAUUAAUGUUCCAUGUUGAUGAUUGAGAAUUGUCGCCACAACCAAAGCACAUUAUUGGUGGUAGUUUCAUACUCAUUUUUUUUUUUUUUUUGAAUGCCAUCAUUGCUGAUAACAAUUAAACACAGUUAUUAUACAUGUGAGUAGUGGUGGAAUUUUUAUACAGCCACCAGUCAAACCAUAUCCAGUAAUUUGUAACCAUCCUUAGUUAAUAAAUUAUUAUUAGCAAAAUGACAUCAAAUAAAUUCCUAAUAAUUAUACGAUUUGCAGCAUUUAUUGUAUAUGGAUAUUCGAUAUUUUAUCGUCAAACCAAUGAGAUAUUACCACCUGAAAUACGAGGUCGACCAUUUGGAAAAUGGAAAUAUCUAACCUUUUGGGAUUUGUUAUUACAAUUUGGAUUUUUUACAUUGGCAUUGAUUAGUUCGUUUCGAUGGACACCAAAAUCAUUUGGACGUUUAGUUGAUUUUCUAUUCAAUUCAUUGGCAUUCCCUGUCGCCAUGUUUGUGACCAUUUCAUUCUGGACAGUUUGGUCGAUCGAUCGUGAAUUGAUAUUUCCAAAAGCAAUAGAGCAAUAUUAUCCAUUUUGGCUUCAUCAAACUUCGCAUACAUUGGUCGCUUUGUUAAUGUUGAUCGAAUUGAUUUUCGCAAAUCGUAACCCACCCUCAAAGCAAGCACAUGGUCUAAUCAUAAUCAAUCUAUUCUGCUAUAUCUAUUCGUUCUGGGUACUAUACAUUGCUAUCACCACCGACAUCUGGGUGUAUCCUCUUAUAGGAAAACUUAAUUGGCCUCUACGUAUUGGUUUUGCUGUUACAUACUGUUUGAUUAAUUCUUUACUUUACAAAAUUGCCAUUUGGUAUCAACAGAAUUUCGUCAAACAUACACCCAACAGUAAUCAUCGUGAUAUUAAUAAAAUUAAAUAAAAGAAAAAUAUUUCUUUCAAUCAUAAUAGGGACUAUAACACUUUAAAAUAAUUGAUAACUUAAUAGUUUUUACAACAACAACAAAAAAAAUCCAAUCAAUUAUAAAAUAGAUCAUUAGAAU